ACUUGUGACCAUUUGAGUUCUGAACGUUUCUUCUGUUAGAAAGGUUUCAUUAUUUACACUUUCAAACGUUUUUAGCAAAACAUUAAAUUGUUACGUCGUGUGUUAUUGUCGAACAAUGAAGUUUGCCAUGGCAGUGUUUCUGCGAUGGAAAUGGGAAAGGCUGCUAAUUGUACUCGUAUUUAUCGUGACGGAGGUGCUGAAGACGAAUCAGGCUGCAGUAAGUUCUUGGACAGCUGGACAAGAAUUUCGAAGACCGCGGGAUGUACUGGAGUGUGUGACAAAAAUCUGUACUCGUCACUUUGCUCCUAACCGCACUAUAGUCUUGUCAUCUUCGAGCACUGUCAGACAAUUUCCAGGAUUCGUUUCAUCACUGCAAAUGAACGACGACUCCAAGUACAGUGCUGAUUUUGAGACCCGACUACUGGAAGACCUUCACAUUGUUGGUAGAUGGUCAAUUGUUUUGUCACAGCCUAGGAAAAAUACAAACAAAAGUGCCUUGGAGAAAUACAGCAAUUACAUCGUUGUCGCGAGAUCCCAGGAUGGGAAAUUGCUUGGGUUUAAAGAGCAGAUAUUUCAUCUGGAGUCGUCCGAAGGGUGGAAUACCCUUGCUAAGUUUAUUGUUGUCUUAGAAACUCAUGGAAGGUUGGUAUCAGUGCGAGAAACAGCUGUUAUUGCCCUACAGGAAUUGUGGCAACGGAAGGUGAUGAAUGCAGUAGUACUGGUUGAACAGAACGAGACGGUGAACAUUUACACUUGGUUUCCUUACCCUCAUCCCAGAGAUGAAUUUCUAGAUGUCUGUGUGACACAGACUGACCGGGAUUGGUUUCCAAGGAAGCGGAACUUGUUUCCAGGAAAGAUCCCUAGAGACAUGCAAGGAUACAUGUUCAGAGUUUCUGCACCCAACCUUCCUCCGUUUGUUAUGAUUGAAGGAGGGAACAGAACUUCGAAUCUCUAUGAAGUAGACGGGUUAGAAGUGAGAUUGCUACGAUGUGUAAGCCAGAAGAUGAACUUGUCCAACAUUGUUAUACAUUAUGAUGGAGAUUUUCCAUACGGAAAGGAAAUAGAAAAUGGAACGUGGGAUGGAAUUAUUGGUGAUCUGGUGUCUAACAGAAGUGACGUAGCUAUCGGUGGUUGGUUUGGAUAUGUAAUCCGUGAAGAGCCCCUUGAUUCAUCUGUUCACUACUUCACUGAUCAAUUCCCAAUCUUCGUACCGCUUGCCGAAAAGUUUCCUUCGUGGUUAAGUUUCUCUCGCGUGUUUGGAAAAUUCACUUGGCUGUGUCUGUUGAUUUCUAUCCCCCUGACGGGAAUCUUAUUUCGGUAUGUGGCAACUCAGCAGGCUGACGAGUCUAGAAGGUACGGAAGAUUUUUAAAUUGCGUGUCUUACGCCUGGUGUGUGGUGUUGGGAGUUUCUGUAGUUGAAAUGCCUCGUAGCUCGCCACUCCGUGUCCUGUUCAUCGCGUGGUUGAUAUAUUCUUUAGCGAUAAACACAUUAUUUCAGACGUACGUCACAGUUUUCAUCAUGAAUCCUGGAGUCGAACAUCAGAUCGAUAGUUAUGAGGAACUUGGUGAAUCGGAACUCGAAUUCGCAUUUGAAGAAUUCUAUAACAGUUUUCUAAGUGAGGAAACUUUAAAAACUUUGAAGCCACGGUAUGUAUGUGAAGGUCCACACAGUUGUUUUUUGUACGCCAUAUCGAAUCACGGUAAAGCACUUCUCACUAGUCGCGUGUUUGCCCUUUCUGAGGCAGACACUCUUGGUUACGCCAGAAACUUUCCACUGCAUUCAUUCACUGAGGACAUGUUUCAGUUAUAUAUAGUAAUGGUGUUUCGGGAAGGAUAUCCACUUCUGGAAAGUUUCAACACCAUAAUUACGCGCUUAGUAGAGGCAGGUCUGUCGAACAAAUUUCUGGAAGAUGUAAUGGACAUGUUACGCUCCAAGAACGAUUCUCUGGCGUUUGACACUAGUUUCGAUUAUACCCCCAUGUCAGCAUCUCACUUACAUUCGCCUUUCGUGCUACUGUUUCUUGGUUUCGCAUCAAGUUUCGUAAUAUUCCUCGGGGAGCUGAUCAUUCAUAGAGCGCGUUUAUUAACAAUUGCAUCUAAUGCUUGAAGAGAUUUCAGGUUCUCACGGAGACGAAUGUAAGGAUGGCUGUUUCCUGGAAUGUUGCUCUCCGUAGGUCUGGUAGAAAUUUUGGAAGAUGAAAAUGGUUACAAUGUAGAUUAACUUUGUGUUUAAGGAUACAUUUAUCUUCGAAAUGUGUUGUUGUAUGUUGUUGUUGUCGCUUUGUCAAAGGAUUAUUCGUAAUGAAGGAAAUAGCGUACUUUUUUUGUAAAUUCAACAUCUUUUGAUUCCAGUAUCUAAGGUUUAAAGGCAUCUUUAUUAUGUUAUGAAUAAUCUUUUGGUGUGUAUUAUGGUGUGAGUGAAUAACCUUAUGGUAAGUUACGUGUUUUGUAUGCCUUAGUUCAAUUUUUUGUUAAGAAAAAUUUAACAUAUGAACAAAGCAUAAAGUGGAAGAAAUAUCUGUUUCAGAAGUGUUUCUCCAUAUUUCAGUAGUUAAGCGUUGGUUUCUUUUGGUUCUCUUUCCAAAAAAAAUAAUGAUGCACCGGUUAAUAUGAGUGGAGUUCAGUUAUUUACCCCAGUUCUUGGUGUGGGUUUGAGACGAUUUCCUAAUUUGCUCUUUGUUAUUCUGGGUAUCGCAUUAGUACAGGUAUUUAUUUUGUUACAAGCAAAAACAUACACUUUUAGAUAUCACAUUUAUUACCCAUAGCUUAAAUG